AAGUUAUUAUUUUUUUUUCAUUUUCGAUUUGCACACUGCGUUGUGUUGCUGUGUGCCACGUUUUCACAUUCAAUCGAUUGAUGUUUGUCUUUUGCUCUCUGUUUUUAAAAUAUCUAUUCGUUUGACUAUACCUAGGAAUCAUACUGGGUCAGCAUUGACCAAAAACAUAUUGCACAUAAAUAAUAGUGAUAACCCAUGUGCGAUACGUAGAAGAAUCCUGACACUGAGCGAUUACUAUGUUUACUUUUUUAUUUGUUGAUUUUUCGUGGUAAGAUCGGGAGAGAGAGAGAAAAAAACACAUAUACGCUAAAAUUUUGUUUGAUGUGUGCUCAAGCAAUUCAAAAGGCGGAAAGCAAUUUUCGCCUUGGUACUCGCAUUAAACUCGAAUAUGUAUAUAAAAUUCAUUCACUUUGCCACAUUUAUUUUGAAUCGUUCGCAAAACAAUUCGCCCGAUUAUUUUGCUCGCCUGCUCUUUGUGUGCCGACCGAAAAAAAUAAACAAAUCUAUGUAAGAACUGCGCACUUCUUCAAUAUCACACAGCGCAUUGAUGUGGUAAUUGUUUGUGCACAUAGUUUACGCACAGUUUAAAUCAGUUUAAAUGAAACUCUUUGUUCCUGUUAUUGCCACUCGUGUUUUUGUCGCUCUCUUUCCAAUCUCGUCAAAGUGACUCAAACUUGUUUCCUAACAUUGACUUCAAUUUCGGUUAAUAGACAUUGUUCUCAAUUUCUCGGUCGACUUGAUUAAGAACUCACAAAAAAGGGGAAUCGUGAUUCAUGUUGAUUAAAUUCGCAUAGUGAUCGUUUAUUUGUUUGUAAUUCUUCUGUGUGCGCCAAGUGAUAUAUAGAAAUUGUUUCAUUUGAAAUUAUUUUUCGAGAAAAAUGAAAUGCCAAACCAACAGAAUAAAAUCGAACGAAAAGAAAAAAAUUUCGACGGAACUAGAGCGUGUAUCUGAUGGUGAAUGUGAAUUGUGAACUUUUGAAGUUGAGCACAUAUAUACACACACACACACGCGCGCGCGUUCUCUGUGGCAAACGCCGCCAAGAGUUGUAGAAAAAAGAAGAUAAAAGGCGCAAAUCGAAUAUCAUCAGCGCGUAUGGUGUGUAUCUCAAUGAUAUUAAAUUACGAGUUAAUUUGACGAUUGGUGCGGUGCGAGUAUGAAAGGCUUUUUUAUCUUUCGCACUGAUUCAUGUUUUAUCGUGUCGAUUUGCGUAUACUUGGUAUUCUAUUUUGGAUUUCAAAAAGCGCACAGACCAAAUGCCGUAAAUUACGAAUUUCGCAAUGGCUCAUUUUUGCGACGGCAGCGACGGCAACGACGGCAGCGAGUAAAACAACAAAACGAUUUGUGUCUGGAUUGUGUGUGUUUAGUUUGUAGUUAAAUCAUGUUGAGCAGUUAAUUUGUGGAAUGAUUGCGAGAGAAAAACUGAGAUUUUUUUCUAGCCAGUGUGUGAUUGUUCAAAAACACGUAAUUUGUACGCGGGUGCGCUUGAAUGUAAAUGAAUUGGUCGCAUAACUAUUUGAUGGGAUCCUAGAUACAAUUGGACAGUUGUUAUUUUACAUGAAAUAACAAAUAUUUCUGCAGAAUAAUGAAGAGCAUACCAAUCAGCGAAAACAAUGCAGGUCAAAGCAAUAAUCGUAAAGGCCAUAGAAGGCAGGAGUCAAUGUACACGAUGACCGGCUUGUAUUCGGACAAUAUUGACGACAAUAGUAGCAUCGAUGUGCCCGGCGAUUCAGAGAAUUCAGAAAAUGGCAGCCAAAUCGGUAGUCGUCAUGUUGUCGAUGGAACAGUCGUGCCUAAUUACGUAGCCGAUACGGUGAUCAAAUGCCACAGCCGUCAACCAUCGGCCGGUAUUAUUGAUCAACGUGAUAAAACGGGCGAAUACAAUGAUGAUGACGCUGAAAUGAGUGUCGAUUGCGGCAUACUCACGUGUCGACCGAAAUCAUUUCAAAAAUUCGCUCGCAUUAAAAUAUUCGUACUGCUACUAUCGAUGCUAGUGACACUGCAGCAAGCACUUAGUUCCGGUUAUAUCAAUUCAGUUAUAACGACAAUUGAAAAGCGCUUCGAAAUACCAUCUAGCUAUUCGGGGUUGAUAGCAUCGAGUUACGAGAUUGGAAAUGUGAUAACAGUCAUUUUUGUUAGCUAUUUAGGAAGUCGAAGGCACAUACCUGUUUGGAUUGGAAUCGGUGCAAUUGUAAUGGCAAUAGGCUCAUUGAUAUUUAUGGUGCCUCAUUUUACUGGUGAAGUAAACCCUAGCAUAAGUGUAGCAAAUAAUAGUACAGACAAUAUUUGUCGAAGUGUUCCGUACCAAGGUUCAUUGGUGGAUCGAUUGUCGAACUCACCACUGUCACCACAUAAUAAUCUUCGUGAAGAUAAUUGCAUCAAAGUGAAAUCAUCGACAUUUGGUCCAGUAUUUUUGUUUGUCAUAGCACAAAUACUAUUGGGUAGUGGUGGUAGUCCACUGUUUACACUCGGCACAACCUAUGUCGAUGAUCAUGUUCGAACUGAAAGCGCUUCGAUUUACAUUGGAUUUAUGUACAGUAUGGCAGCGUUUGGACCCGUACUCGGUUUCCUUCUCGGUGCUUAUCUACUCUCAUUCCACAUGGACUCUUUCACAGCUGCGACAAUUACGAUAACGCCUGGCGACCGUCGAUGGAUUGGAAUGUGGUGGGGAGGCUUUUUACUGUGCGGUUUGUUGUUGUUGAUUGUUGCCAUUCCGUUCUUUUCGUUUCCAAAAGUUUUAACACGUGAAAAGAAAAAGUUACGAAAUAUCGAAGAGCAAAAUCUCAAAGCAGCUGGUGCUACACACAGCAACAGUUUGCCACGGCAACAGCAGCCACCAACUUCAACGCUACCUAAUAAUGCGUCCGCUCCAAAUACAAAUACAACAGCUACAGUUACAAAAAUCGACAGCGGAUAUGGUAAAGACAUCAAAGACAUUCCAUUGUCAAUGUGGCGUCUUGUGUCAAAUCCAAUCUAUACCGUCACAUGUCUUGGCGCUUGCAUGGAGCUAAUGAUUGUGUCCGGUUUCAUCGUCUUUCUUCCAAAAUACUUGGAGACUCAAUUUAGCCUUGGCAAGAGUGAAGCCAGUGUUUAUACGGGAUCGAUAGCAAUACCCGGAGCAUGCCUGGGUAUUUUCCUAGGUGGAUGCUUUCUCAAGCGAUUCGAACUGAAGCCAAAGGGUGCCGUUCAAUUUGUGUUAAUUUCCAAUUUAAUCUGCUUGUCAUGCUAUGGCCUACUGUUCUUUUUGGGUUGCGACAAUUUAAAAAUGGCCGGAACAACUAUUCCCUAUUACAAUAGUACAACACACGCUACACCCGAGCCGUUCACAGUGAAUUUAACGGCCGCAUGUAAUUUCGGCUGUGAAUGUCACAUGACUGAUGUUGAACCGGUCUGCGGAAAUAACGGUUUAACAUACUUCAGUCCAUGCCAUGCGGGUUGUACGGCAUUUUCAAAUAAUGAAAAUUAUACGAAUUGUGCUUGUGUACAAUCAAAUCAACCAGCCAGUGUGUACAAAGGAGUUGGUGGAAGUGAGGCUCAAGCAUCAAUUGCCAAUGACGAAUAUGCCGAAGUGACUGUGGUACCGGUUGCUAGUGCUGGCCCAUGUGCUACUCCGUGUCGAACUAUUUAUCCGUUCUUAAUUCUACUGUUUUUCAUGACAUUCAUUGUCGCCUCGACGCAAAUGCCUUUGCUUAUGAUUGUAUUGAGAUCGGUAUCCGAAGAAGAGAGAUCGUUUGCAUUGGGAAUGCAGUUCGUGAUAUUUCGUUUGUUCGGUUACAUUCCAGCGCCUAUUUUAUUUGGGAAUUUAAUCGAUUCAACGUGCCUUUUGUGGAAAUCGACAUGCGGCGAAAAAGGUGGUCGUUGUCUCAUCUACGAUAUUGAAACGUUUAGAUACAAAUAUGUUGGACUGUGUGCAAGCAUCAAAUUAGUGGCUUUGGCAAUAUUUGCAAUCGACUGGUGGUUGGUACGUCGACGAAAGCAAUUAGAAUAUACAACACCCUUAUCUGCAACGGCAGGAGUUGGAUCUAUUAUUAGUUUGGAUAAAUUAUUCAUUGAAAAAGGUGUAAUCGAAAAUCAGUCGAGUUCAUAUGCCAAUGAUGUGAUGUCUGAUGAAUGUUCGCUCGAAGUGCCCUCGUACGACCUCAACAAUAAAAAAGUUUUGAUAGCAUCUCGUCAUUCGCGAAACGAUUCAAAGGGAAUUCAAUUAGAGUUUCGCUAUAACGACGGUUACGCCGAUAACGAUCCGGAAAAUAUCAAAAAACGAAAACAUAUCCGCAGUAAUUCGUGUGAUGUAAAAAUUGGUCGUAGUAAUUCGCGUGAAUACGAUCCGGAAUACCGUAAUCGGCGCCUAUUCCAAAAGCGUGGUCAUGCACGCAACUAUUCGCACGACUUGGACUUUGACAAUCGUCAUAAGCGCCAUCCAACGCAUUCACGAACUGGUUCGCGUGACGAGCCCAUGAAUAUAAAAUACAUUUUGAAUUGUUUGAAACCGGAUGCGUCAACAAAUCGCCUGUUAAUGACAUCGGCCGCGAUGAUGGCUACCGCUGCAGCGGCUGAACACGGGGCAGCACGGGCCGUACGAAAGCAUUGUCGAAAUCAUUCCUAUGAUCAAAUCUACAGUAUGCCGAAUAAUAUAAAAAUUGAUCAAGAGCUUCACAAUAAAUUCAAUAAACACCGACCGCUGGAGGCGACCACAUCGACACCGGUGAUUGAAAAUGAUUUGAGCGUGCCGAAAACGACAAAUGCUAACAUCAACACAAACAAAGAGUACUUAGACAAUAGAUUGUUGAGCAAAGGUGAUAGUGGACUACCGCCACCUGUUCCCAAGGGUGCUGGCUCACAUUCACGCAACAAUUCGAAGGAUCUGAACAAAAGUAGCUUUCUGUCAUCGCUGGUCGAUGAUGCUGCCAAUAUAUUGCGACACCGUCGAACCAAUUCAAAAGACUUGAAUCGCAUUUUGAACCCAAUGCCAUCCACCUCAGAAGUAAGCACACUGACUACCGACUCACAGCAGCAGCAGAAGCAGCAGUCACAGUAUCACACGCGUAAUGUCUCUUUACCACGGAACGACUUGCCCGAAGAGCGUUCGACCGAUGUGGCACAAGUACUUUUAUUAGGCAAUAAUUCUGAUAUGCAGACGAACCGACGAGAGAACGAUUGAACUGACACUUGUGACACACACACAUAAACACCAGAGAAUGGGAGACGGAUUUUUGGUGCCCGAAUUUAAUGGAAUAGGAAAUAAAAAAAGAGAAGGAAAGAAGAUAGAGAAACAACAAAUUCAAAUGAAUUUAAAUUAGUCGUAAUUUAGAAAUGGAGAAUUUCCCGUAGGUCAAUUUAUCGAUCGAUAAAAUAUCUCAGCCGGAACGAAGCCCGACGAAAUAAGCUUUUUCUUCAAAAACUGAAUUUUUACUAAUAUUCAAUUGUAUCAUUUCUUACCAAUGUAUAAUUUAUGUUAUAAUUGCUCUUAGUUCAAAUCUCAAUCAGCCCAUCAAUGCCCAAUUUAAUUGUAUGCAUCGGCUCAGCGCGUGUUUGUAUGCAUAUUUAUUUGAUUUUGUCAACUUAGAUUCGUUUUUCUUUGUUUGGAUUUCUCAUUUGUUACUCGUUAAUGUAAAUUGAUUAGCCGUUACCCUAUCAAAUAGCCAAAAUGAUUCAUUCGAUUGCGAAAUAGUUUCAACGGUUCCUAAUUUGGACCAUUCGUAGCCAAUUGCAAUAGAAGUAAAUAGCAUUCAGACUUAGAAAUGAUCGAACAAACGAAGCGAUUAUCUCGUGAAAACGGUCAAUCGUAGAAAGAAGUCUGUGACUGAGUAGACUGAUGGUACGAUUUUAAUACGUGGAGUCUACAGAUUUCGGUGAUGAGUCACGUCCAUCUUUUUGUUUUCUCGAUAGCCCAUAAUGUCGAUAACAUCAUCUUUAAAAAUCAAUUAAAACAAAAAUCAAACCGUGUUUUUUGCAAACAUUCAAAAUAACAAUUGCGAAUUCACCACUGCCUUUACCAGUUUCAAUAGAAGCCAUAGCGCAGCAAAAAAAAAACAAACCAUCACAAGAAGAAAAAAACAAUCGAAAUAACGCGAUCAUUUCGUAAUAUCCGAACAACGAUUUAUAAUACAUUGUGUCCUAUUUCUGUUUUUUUAGUCUUUAUUUUGCGUUAUUUCCUUUUGAGCGAUAAAAAGAGAGAAAAGAAGAGUUCUAUUCAAGUGUUUUAAAAUAAAACAAAAAAACAAAUGAAAUCUAUUUACAAAGAUAUAUUGUUCGUAAGGAGUAUGCAGAGAAUGAAAAGUGUCAAUUUAUCAAACAAACAAAAAAAAUAAAAAAAUAAUGAUAACAA